AUGCGGAUCAGGUACGUGCGCGGAAAUGCUGACGCGCGUUGGUUCCUGAAUUUAGUGCUCCAUGAUCAGCUCCUAGCGGCCCAUCAGCACCUAUCGCAUCCGCAGCAACCGCGUCCACAGCCGUCUGCCGCGCAGCCACCGCACAUGCAGCCCAAUACGACAAGCCCUCGUGACCAGAACAACAUUGAUCCCGCGAUAUCAGGUGCUGCGAUGCUCAGCGGCCCGCCGCAAACGCCUCCGCAGCCGGAGCCUACGGGCCAAGAGAGCCCGAAGACAUACGGCAAGCGACCGUUGUCGACCUCCAAGCGCGCAGCGCAGAACCGCGCUGCACAGCGAGCAUUCCGCCAGCGGAAAGAAAGUUACAUUCGCAAAUUGGAGGAGCAGGUGAAGGAGUUCGAUACCAUGUCGGAGGCUUUCAAGGCGCUACAGGCGGAGAACUAUCAGUUGCGCGAGUACAUCAUCAAUCUCCAGUCGCGACUUCUGGAAUCCCAAGGCGAGGUGCCCGAGCUCCCAGGAAACAUCGACCUGAGCCAGCCACGAACCGACUUGAAUGUACCGCAACCCGGUGCUGGGUCUGCGACGACGUCUUCAUCAGUGCCAGCGCCGCCCUCGGCAGCUCAACAACCGCAGCCGCCUCAAGGUACUGCAUCCAACGAUGACAUGAACUCUCUGAACCGGAUAGCCGUGGCCGGCUUGGGGAUGCGCAAGCAUCCCAACGACGAGGCUAACUACCUUGGCAAUACCUUUGCGAGCCGUCGGACGCGCCCUGAUGAGACUCAAGCUGAGUCGGAAGUGACAAAGACGGAGCCACCCACACAUGGGCUUCCUAUGGUCUCAUGA